UCCUGCGGAACACAGCCGCUAACGCAAGUAAAUUCGCCUCCGUAUCCGUAGACAUCACUCAAACAACUAAACGACUUAACGUUGAAAGGAGAGAUCUUUUCGAGAGAGAACAAGAGAAAGGAGCUAACUUUCUCGGAGGAGAAGGAAACUGAAAAGAACAGAUACAAAUCGGAGAAGGAAGACAGAGAGAUGUUUUACAGUGAAGCUGGCAAGAAGGAAAUAUACGCAAGGACAAAAGAUGUGGGAAGAUAUUUUUACUACAACGCAAUGCCAGUUUGGUCAAAAUAAAAUCGCUGCAAAAUAUUUUAAAAAUCGCCAUAAAGAGUAUCAUAGCUGCACAGAAGGUGUUCGGUUAAAUUCCGCUGAGAGAAUUUUUCGACUUUCGAUGCUUCUGGAAUGGUAUCUCGCAUGGCUGCUUUGACUUCUCUUUCUUCAGUUCAGUUCAGAAUCUCCGACAUUCUCGGAACUCGUCUCAAACCUUGUCCCCUCUUUCCAGUUCGAAUAACAAAUGUGUUCGUGAAAUCGUUAGUGAUUGAAGCGAGAAACAAUUCUCGAGUCGAGAGCCCCAAAACCAGGAACCGGAGGAGCAGGAAGAAGUUUAACGGCACACAAACGAAACCGAGACUCUCGGUGUUCUGUUCAGACAAGCAACUCUAUGCUAUGUUGGUGGACGACUUUAACAAAAAGUGUUUGUUCUACGGUAGUACAUUGCAGAAGUCCAUUCGUGGCGAUCCUCCAUGUACCGUCCUUGAAGCAGCGAAACGGGUUGGAGAGGAGCUCAUCAAGGCUUCUAUAGACCUCAAGAUCAACGAGAUAUCAUCCUAUGAUCGAAACGGGAAUGCUCGAGGGGAAAGAAUGCAAGCCUUUGAAAUUGCUAUAAAGCAACACGGUUUCUUACCAUAAUAGCAGGUUCUUAACUCUCUUAUCAAAGACUCAUCACACUCAUCAUAGUUUAUAGCGAAGCUUUCUUACAUUAACUCUCUUAUUGAAAACACAAUACACUCUUCACUCUCUCUUGUUUACUUAGGUAGUUUAAACAGAAGAUAUCACACUUAGAGUCUCACCGAGAGAAUCUUUCUUUGGGAACUUUGGAAACUUGAUCUUGGAAGCACAUGAUUUAUCAGGCACAUAAGGGCAUUCCACAAACUCUUUUGCGUAGUUAUCAAGGCAUAUGUAGAUCUGGAAUAGCUGCUUUGUCCCCUUUACAUCUUCAUUGCAUUCGAUACCUGGUGCAUAUCCGAUGGCACACUUGAUAGCGUUCUUGAUCUCAUCUAAACCGUAUAAACCACCAUCCGGUUUAAUUCCUACACAAGCACAAACAAUGAUCAGUGUACAAAACUUUUACAUGGAUUUACUCUUUUUUUUUAUGAGUCUUUGAUGUACCUUUUUGUUUAAGGAUGUUAAGUAGAUUGAGUUUUUGUCUGAA